GCCUUUUCUGUCAGAAACGAGCUCAGACUCGGGUUCAAGUUACUAUCUCCAAAUUGCAAAAUAUAUUUACAGCGGCAGAAUACGGAAAUGUCCUCUUCUUAUACUCGAAGAUAUGCCUCCUUGGGCUUUUUCUGCGCAUGCCUCUUAUCUCGUCUGUGUCGAAGGCAGUAGUAUCCGUGUACCGGGAAGGUGUGCUGGUAUAGUAUUUUAUUUCCGAAAUCACCUCGACAAGCGGGAGAAUACGGAUAUCAAUGCUAUAUCUCAUCCUUACAGCGGGCUAGCGUCGGACCGCUAGAACUCCGUGUAUUCACAGCUCUAGAGAAUAUCAUGGGCUCAGCCUCGCUCGUCGUGGGCAUGAAAAGAAAAGGCAUAUAGUUUGGCACUACACUUCUUUCUUUAAUGUCGGGGAAUGCCACCUUAAUUGGUAAACAGGACUUCUCCACAAGAAAACCUUAUACUGCCAUCCCCUGACGCUUCUGCGCUUCACUUUCAGCUCUGGACCUCUAAAUCAGACACCCUGCGAUGACCCACACUGUAGCGCCGCAGUAGACAUGCGCUUGGUCGCAUGUAGGAACCGGCGACACGGACUUUAUAUCGCAAGACGCAACAGGGUGAGACGGCAGAGGAACGCUGAGAGGAAUCAGUUCCUAGGAUUCACUCGAUGGAGUUAGUUACCCCGAGCUGACUUGUGGGGAGAUGUGACCGCCGAGUGAUUGGGAGCCUCGCAAUCAUUCUACACACAUGAUGGCAAAAAUGCUGGCUGAUAGAGACUAAAAAUAGAAGGCAAAAGCAGGAAAACGGUCCCGUCCAUGAGCGUCGUUAUUCAUCUGCAUCAGUUGACGCAUUCAUUUAUGCUAGACUGAUCCUGGAUCUUCGGUGCCUGGCUGAACUCUGACUGUGUAAGCUAAUUUCUUGUCAGCUCAUGGUUCAAUCUUUUUGUCCCCGACUAAAACGCACACCGUUACACAUCGCAUAGCCACGCAUCCAGCGUCUUCUCUGUGCCUCUAUCAAAUUGCUUU